CACCAGUUGCGCCGCUCUCACCACACACAACCGCCACAAUGCCACCACCACGCGCGGCCCUCCGCGCCCUCACGCGCCUCGCCCUCCCACGACGACAACCCCGCCUCCCCCAAACCGCCCGCACCCUCACAACAUGCCCGCGCCCACUCGCCUCCCGCCCCCCACGAACCCACGACCGCGGCCCAACAAGCACAGAAAGCACGCAAACCGACUUCGGCAGCAUGGACGUGCUGGGCGGGACCCCGGCGCCCGUCACCGGCAUCGACGCCACCACCGCCGACGGCUUCGCGCUGAACUCGGGCCUGCGCGUCACCGGCUCCGGCGUGCUGCUGGUCGCGGGCGAGGUGUUUCGGUGGCGGCCGUGGGUGCGCGCUCCCCGCGGCGAGGGCGAAGGCGUUGGAGGUGAGGCUAAGGACAAGGGCAAGGACAAGGGUGCGGGUGUGAGCGACAUGCGCAGCCCCAAGGGCCUCUGGGAAGUCGAUGAGGCGGCGUGGGGCGUUUUGCGCGUCGUCUGGCCCAAGCCGGAUCUCCUAAUCCUCGGCACCGGCCCCAGCGUCAUCCCGCUGUCGCCGCGCACGCGCAAACACAUCAACGACCUGGGCAUCCGCGUCGAAGUGCAGGACACGCGCAACGCGGCCGCGCAGUUUAAUCUGCUGGCGACGGAGCGCGGCGUGCAGCAGGUGGCGGCCGCGCUGGUGCCUGUGGGGUGGGGUGCGCGUGGGGGUGUGUAGGGGGCAGGCGGGCGGGAGUGUGGGCUGUGUAGGAUGAGGGAAGGGGGAGGAGAUACGGGCGGAAAGCGCGCGCGCGCGCAUGUGUGUAAGUGCGUGUGGGUGUAUGCUUAUAGGCGUGUAAGAAAAAGAAGAGAAAAGAAAAGUGCAUAAGCAUGCACAGCUGCAGUACAUGUACAUGUAUACAUAUAUAGCAAAACACCAACAACAACAACAACAACCACACCUAAUAUAAAUAAAUAUAAAUAAGUCCA